AUGCAGCAGUCACUGAGGCAUUACACUGCUCAAUAUACCAGCUUUUGCUAUCUCUCUCCCACCUCAUCCCAGGAUGGUUUGCGUGUUCUGCCUCAGCGGGUUCUUCCCGGGAAGCCUAAGGCUUCACCACUCAUCUCCCCGGGCUCCGAGAGUGGCGUCAGCGGACUCAGCCACGACGCCCGCGACACCGCGCCUCUGUUGGACAACCUCGAGACGUCGCCCACCUCUCCGCUGCACGCACCCCUCACUGCGCCCUCGACUCCUGCUACCCUGCAGACAGCGAAUGAGCGCUCGGCACCAGAAGGCCCUGCAUCCCAUGAACCUUCUCAAGCGGCUGACUCAGAGUCAGAGUCGGCUGCGUCAGGUUACGAAACGGAUACAGACGUGGAGGACGACAUAGACGCCGCAGUAGCUGAGUACCAAGAAAAACUGCGUGUAGCAACGCUGGACACCGGCGCGCCUUGCACGCCGAACCCCGCUUCAGCUAGGCGGGCGUGCUUGGUACUUGCAGGUCUGCUAUUAACUAUUAUUGUGGAAUCCCUUGUGGCAGUGUACGGGUGGCGAGGCGGCGGCACUCACCCGUUCCUGGUAGCGACCUUGGUCAUCUGCAUGUUGGUUACUCUCUUGCUGGUGGUCCUGCUCACUCGCCUGCCCGUCCUCCGUCCCAGCCAAACCGUCGCCUUCCGAGUGCCGGCCGCGCCGUGGCUCCCUGCAGCAGCUCUUUCUCUGAACUUCUUCUUGCUGGUGCAAGUGCUAAGCCACUCCUGGGCAGUCCUCCUCGUGUAUUUAUUAGCAGGUAUCUCAUGGUACUUCCUAUACGGGAUGCGCCACAGCGCACUUGCCACACAAGAAGUCGUGACCCAAAGAGUUCGCGCGAACGAGUUCAUCUGCCUGGAGCCCCUCACGCCCCCUGCCUUGACCUCCACCCUUCUGCAGGCGUCCUCCGAGAGGCUGCCCGACACCGCCCAUCAUCACAGCUUCACCAGGUUAACGCAAGUCGAUACAGUACUCAUCACCAGGUGAAGAUCGCUCUGGCAAUAAAAACUAUGGAAACUAUCAGCCCUUUGUAAGCAAUAAAGGGAUAUUUUUUAAAAGAGGAAACCCUCCGUGAAAUGAAGCGUCUGUAAAAUAAACACCUUUCUUCCAUAAAUCUGGUUAGUGUCAAGUGCCAUAAUUGUCUCUAAUAUAUUAUUAAAACUUUAAGAAAGGAAACAGUGUGGCGAGAUACAUAUAUCCAGACUGGGAAAAGCUCCUGUUACUGAGUUACCAGUUUACAGCAGUAUCUUUCCAUGUGAAGAGAAUCAAAAGAUAUUACUGAUGCAAUUAAUUUAAGGAUGAUUUGUAGGUCUACCCAAGCAAUAAGUAGAAUUAGUUGAAGGCAAUAAAGUAAAAUGAAGUUAUGGAAGGUGAACAAAGGUAUGUUAUUUCUUAUCCUGUUAGCAAAUGGAAGGGUGAUAGUAGGCGGAGCCUCAGUACAGGUAAGAAUAUGUUUUCCAACUUUAUCCUGGAUCUUGACACAUGGUGAAAUAUGUCAAAUUGCGUUUUUCUGUUUACAUAGGGCAAAAAAAGUUACGCUGACCGUCCGUUUCUGCUUUCCAUGAGGAUAAUCGAACUCCCCAAAAUUAAAAUAAUAUAGAAUAAUCUAAGAAGAUUAGUAGCUUCAUAAGUACGAAAACGCUGAGUAUAAGGUACUGAAAAGGUUAAAUGAAAUUAUGAAUCAAUUAUUCAUCUAAUUUAUUUAUCCCUAACCCCAGUGGUUCAAAACCUUUUCUGGAUCGAAACCCAAUCUGAUAAGGCACAUCAAGCCUAUUAUACUUAAAUGUAUGUGGUAAUGUGUGUGUGUGUGUGCACACACACACACACACACACACACACACUUACACAUAUAUAUUUGUGUGUGUGUGUGUGUGUGUGUGUGUGUGUGUGUGUAAGAGUUAUAUAAUGGACCUCUAAACAUUGGUGACAGGGAAGUAGUAAAAGCUUAGUGGCUAAAAACUCUUUUAUUGAUAGAGCUAGCACACAGAGAAUAAACACAAGUAUGACCCUGGGUAUUGGGCGGUCGGCUGGAGGGUCGCCGGGGUCAGCUCCCGGCCCAGCCCAGGUCAGACGUGACCUAGACCUCACCAAGCACACUCUCCUCUGACCGGUCGAAACGCGGCCCUUAAGUGUCCGAGACGCUAGCUUGGGGGGGCGAGGAGAACCGCCCAUCCGCUGGGGCACGCCGCAUUGGGUAGCCAGGGCGUGGUGCCACGUGGUCACUGUAAGCCUCCACGUGGGGGCCACGCGGGCAUAUAAUACCGUUAUAACACAGUAUAGUGUGUGUGUGUGUGUGUGUGUAU